GGCCCGUGCCCGCCCCGCCGCAGUCCCGACCCGAACCCGCCGCACGGCGGCGGAGAGUACCCCGGAGUCCGCGCCCGCCGCUCUGCGCCCCAGUGUCCGCCGCGUCCCGGCGGGCAUGGGGCGGCCCAGCUGAGCUCCGCAGCCCGCGCCGCCCUUCUGGCCGCGGUCUCAGCGCUCCCGCGAUGGCGAAGGCAACGGCCGGCGCCGUGGGGCUGCGGGCGCUGCUUCUGCUGUUGCUCGGCGAAGCACCACUGGGACUCUACUUCUCCAGGGAUGCUUACUGGGAGAAGCUGUACGUGGGCCAGCCAGCUGGCAUGCCCCUGCUCUAUGUGCACGCCCUUCGGGACAUCCCUGAGGAGGUGCCCAGCUUCCGCCUGGGCCCACACCUCUACGGCAGCGCCUACCGCACACGGCUGCAUGAGAACGACUGGAUCCUCAUCCAGGAGGACACGGGCCUUCUCUACCUUAACCGGAGCCUGGACCCCAACUCCUGGGAGAAGCUCAGCAUGCGCAAUGGUGGCUACCCUCUGCUCACCAUCUACCUCCAGGUCUUCCUGUCACCCACGUCCCUGCGAGAGGGCGAGUGCCAGUGGCCAGGCUGUGCCCGCGUGUACUUCUCCUUCAUCAACACCUCCUUCCCGGCUUGUGGCUCCCUCAAACCCCGGGAGCUCUGCUUCCCUGAGACAGGCCUGUCCUUUCGCAUUCGGGAGAACCGGCCUCCUGGCACCUUCUAUCAGUUCCGCCUGCUGCCUGUGCACUUCUUCUGCCCCAACGUCAGUGUGGCCUACAGGCUCCUGGGAGGUGAGAGUCAGCCCUUCCGCUGCACCGCGGACAGCCUGGAGGUGAGCGCGCGCUGGGCGCUGGACCGCGAACUCCGGGAGAAGUAUGAGCUGGUGGCCGCGUGCACCGUGCGUGUCGGUGCGCGCGAGGAGGAGGUGAUGGUGCCGUUCCCCGUGACCGUGUACGACGAAGACGACUCGGCGCCCACUUUCCUCGGGGGCUUGGACACCGCCAGCGCCACUGUGGAGUUCAAGCGAAAGGAGGGCACUGUGGUGGCCACAAUACGUGUCUUUGAUGCGGAUGUGGUGCCAGCAUCUGGGGAACUUCUCAGGCGGUACACAAGCACACUGCUCCCUGGGGACACCUGGGCCCUCCAAACCUUCCGUGUGGAGCACUCACCCAAUGAGACCUUAGUCCAGGCCAAUGACAGCUUUGUGCGGGCAACCAUUCACGACUACAGGCUGGUUCUCAACCGGAGCCUUCCCAUCUCCGAGGGCCGUGCCCUGCAGCUGACAGUGCUGGUCAACGACUCGGACUUCCAGGGCCCAGGGGAGGGUGUCCUCCUCCUCCAUUUCAAUGUGUCCGUGCUGCCAGUCAGUCUGAGCCUGCCCAGUGCCUACUCGUUCACUGUGAGCAGGCGGGCCCACCGCUUUGCCCAGAUUGGGAAAGUCUGUGUGGAGCACUGCCAGGAGUUCAGCGGCAUUCAUGUGCAGUACAAGCUGCAGCCUUCCAGCGCCAACUGCAGUGCCCUGGGGAUGGUCACCUCAGCCGAGGACACCACGGGGACCCUGUUUGUGAAUGACACAGAGGCCCUGCGGCGGCUCGAGUGUGUCCAACUCCAAUACACGGUGGUGGCCGCUGACCGGCCGACUCGCAAGCAAGCCCAGGCCCUGCUUCUGGUCGCUGUGGAGGGGAUGUACACAGCUGAGGAGCCAGGCUGCCCCUUGUCCUGCGCAGUCAGCAAGAGGCGGCCCGAGUGUGAGGAGUGUGGUGGCCUGGGCUCCCUGACGGGCAGGUGCGAGUGGAGACAGGGAGAUGGCAAAGGGAUCAGCAGGAACUUCUCCACCUGCUCUCCCAGCAUCAAGACCUGCCCUGAUGGCCACUGUGACGCCGUGGAAAGCCGAGAUGCUAAUGUCUGCCCCCAGGACUGCCUCCGGGGCGGCAGCAUCAUUGGAGGGCACGAGCCAGGAGAACGCCGGGGGAUUAAAGCUGGCUAUGGGAUCUGCAACUGCUUCCCGGAGGAGAGGAAGUGCUUCUGUGAGCCAGAAGACAGCCAGGACCCACUGUGUGACGAGCUCUGCCGCACGGUGAUCGCAGCCGCCGUGCUCUUCUCCUUCGUGGUCUCCAUGCUGCUCUCCACCUUCUGCAUCCACCGCUACCACAAGAAUGCCCACAAGCCGCCCAUCGCCUCUGCUGAGAUGACCUUCCGCCGGCCGGCCCAGGCCUUCCCAGUCAGCUACUCCUCGUCCGGUACCCGCCGGCCCUCGCUAGACUCCAUGGAGAACCAGGUGUCUGUGGAUGCCUUCAAGAUCCCGGAGGAUCCAAAGUGGGAAUUCCCUCGUAAGAACCUGGUUCUUGGAAAAACUCUGGGAGAAGGUGAAUUUGGAAAAGUGGUCAAGGCAACGGCCUUCCGGCUGAAAGGCAAAGCAGGGUACACCACCGUGGCCGUGAAGAUGCUGAAAGAGAACGCCUCCCCAAGCGAGCUGCGGGACCUUCUGUCAGAGUUCAACCUCCUGAAGCAGGUUAACCACCCGCAUGUCAUCAAGCUUUACGGGGCCUGUAGCCAGGAUGGGCCGCUGCUGCUCAUUGUGGAGUAUGCCAAGUAUGGCUCUCUGCGGGGCUUCCUCCGAGAAAGCCGCAAGGCAGGGCCCGGCUACGUCGGCAGUGCUGGCAGCCGCAACUCCAGCUAUCUGGAAAACCCUGAGGAACGGGCCCUGACCAUGGGCGACCUCAUCUCCUUUGCCUGGCAGAUCUCCCGGGGGAUGCGGUACCUGGCGGAGAUGAAGCUUGUCCAUCGGGACUUGGCAGCCAGAAAUGUCCUGGUGGCCGAGGGGCGGAAGAUGAAAAUUUCAGAUUUUGGCCUGUCCCGAGAUGUUUAUGAAGAGGAUUCCUAUGUGAAGAGGAGCAAGGGGAGGAUUCCAGUCAAAUGGAUGGCAAUUGAGUCCCUCUUCGACCAUAUUUACACCACCCAAAGCGAUGUGUGGUCCUUCGGUGUCCUACUGUGGGAGAUUGUGACUCUGGGAGGUAACCCCUACCCUGGGAUUCCUCCGGAGCGGCUCUUCAACCUUCUGAAGACAGGCUACCGGAUGGAGAGACCCGACAACUGCAGCGAGGAGAUGUACGGUCUGAUGCUACAGUGUUGGAAGCAGGAACCGGACAAGAGGCCAGUGUUUGCCGACAUCAGCAAAGACCUGGAGAAGAUGAUGGUUAAGAACAGAGACUACUUGGACCUGGCUGCGUCUACACCAUCUGACUCCCUGCUUUAUGAUGAUGGCCUCUCAGAGGAGGAAACACCCCUGGUGGACUGUAAUAAUGCUCCCCUCCCUCGAGCCCUCCCCUCCACGUGGAUUGAAAACAAACUCUAUGGUAGACUUUCACAUGCAUUUACUAGAUUCUAGCAACAUUGUUCCUCUGCACUAUUCUUACUCUCUGUAAUGCUUGUUAAGAGUGUUUCUGGUCUGAAAGAAACCAAAGUUCUCCUCUGAAUCUUUUUAUUUGUAAAUGUCUGAUUCUGCAUCUGUUUACCUUCAGGUGUUCUUUGCAACUUUAAAUGGUUUUUUAAAAGGAUGUGAAAAUAAAUGCAAUUAUCUUGCUGCCCAGCAACUUAAGAUGACUGAGAAGAAAGCAGGGCGGAACUCUCAGGGGAUAUUGAGAAAAUGAUGAAUAAGACUUCUAGGGUGGGGUCAAUCAUAGUACUUGUAAUGUAACUACUGGGAUAAAUUUACCCAACCUGGGGAGGCAUUUAAUUUGGAAAGGAGGAGCCAGCACCACCCUGCCUGCACUGAGAGCACAGCCAGGGGGGCUCCCCCAGACUCCAUCUGGAUGGGCUGGGGGCGCUUAGAGGCCACCCAGUACUGGGGAGCAGGGCCGGCUUGGCCUUGGCCCCAGCCCACACGUCCCUACUGGGGAUACACACUGACUGCUGUUUUCACAUCCUUUGCAUUACACACUGUCAACACAGUUGUCACCUUUGAAGUCAGUCAGCGCUAAAAGCUGGAGCAAAUGCUUUAGAAAAAACACAGUCUGUGGUGCUGUGGUCUUGCAAUGGCAGUAAAUAUGGUUCUUGCCAAAACUCCUUCGUCUUUGAUUAAAUACUUGAAAAUUU